AUGAACAAACGACCGGGUAUGAUAAUCCCUCCGACAGUUGAAAUCUCAACAAUCAUUGAUACGGCAACACCUUCUUCAUCCAAUGAGAAUCGAGUCGAAUCGUCACUCUUCAUCGGACAGCUGCAGCAUCCGCCGCUCCGACGACGACCCGUCUCAGCGAUGGCCUCGUUGCCGUGGGUAGCCUACCAAGCACCACGCGAGGAAGGUACCGACGACGAAGACGUGGCAGUUGAGUCCACUUUAUUCCUCUCAACUUCGCCGGGAAUCGGGUUUCCAUCUGGCGGAUCGGUUAGCUCUCUCGCUCUGUCUCCACCUGGUUUAUCUCCGUUAAAUUUCAAUGAUGGAUCUCCGUUCUCACUGUCAUCAACACCCUCAUCUACCUCUUCUUUAGUUAGAAAUCAGAAUCGAUUCACUUUCGAUCAUAUUCCAUUUGUCGGGAGCUCUACUAAUUCAACUCCAGCCACUGCAUCGACGGGACCGCCCGGCUUAUCUCCAGGCUCCGCCCUCAACAUUGACCAUGAAAAGUCGGCAUUCGAAAUCGUGUCGUGUCACCACCAGAGUGCAGAAGAAAUCCUUCAACGAGUCCGUCUCGGAACAUCUGGAUCCACGUCAUCGUCUACGAAUAACACGAGAAAUAGUCAAAGCGAAACGACGGGAGGAUCUGGGGAAUCGACUUCUGGAGUACCGGAUGGAUCUGUCCCCGGACAGUAUUACUGUUUUAUUUGUGAGAAAGAUUUCCGUCGGCCGGAUAUUCUGUCACGUCACACACGACGUCACACUGGGGAGAAGCCGUUCAAAUGCGAGGAUUGUGGACGUUUCUUCUCGCGAUCCGAUCAUUUGAGAACUCAUCGCAGGACUCAUACUGAUGAAAAGCCCUAUCAUUGCUGUGUGUGUAACUAUUCAGCGAGACGACGUGACGUCCUGACCCGUCAUAUGUCAACUCGACAUCAAACUAUUGCUCCACCGUCGGUUUUGGGGACUCAUCGCAAUGUUCGGAGAUGUCUCUCCGACGGUGACUAUCAUAAAAUGGCAGCUCAAGAACUGCGUCAACGUCAUCAGGCGACACGUGAAGACGUGGAAGUUCCUCCGAUGGAAGAUAUCGAAGAUGACGUCAUUGUAGAUGACAUUUGA